AUGCUUAUCCUCUCAGAGUCCGAAAGUGUUAGUGCUAAUGGUGACAAGGAAGAGGAAGAAAUGCAAGACGCAAACCCCGAAUUGAAAGGACACUCGACCCGACAGCUCCAGGAAACACGAAGAAAAUCCGCAGAGAAGGCCGGCGGAGAAUUGCAUACCGGGCGACUCGCGGCAACUGCACGAGGAGGGGAGGCUGAGACAUCGUGGCAAGGAUUUAACCUGUUGCUUCACAUUCGUUGGCCUGUAGACUUCGCGAGAUCCUCGACCUACUCCAGUCUCAGCAGGUGCACACGAAAGCAGGACUUCUCCAACUCCACCUCCACCACCACCGCCGCCGCGCCCGCCCCUCCGAUGAUGUAUUCACGCCCAUCCUGCUCCAGCGCCUCCGCCGCCGCCCUCGCCGCCCUCAUGCUCAUCUUCCUGGCAUCGCCGCCCGCCGCCCACGCCAAACGGUUCGACUGCCAGAUGUUCUGCCGCACGACGGGCUUCAGCGGAAUGGUGGGCGGCUGCAGGUGCUCCUUCACGCUCUUCACUGCCAAGCGCGCCGUCAGAGACCACAACAGCGUGCCCGGCGAGGCAGACCCUUACUACGAGGCCGCCGAGAUGCCCGAAGGAAGCCUCACCGACCUCCUCCGCAUGGCCAGGGAGACCCAUGAGACCUACUCCCGCGAGGACGCCCGUGGAGAUGCCUCCUCCUCCUCCUCGAUCUCCUCCUCCUCCUCCGCUCUCGAACCCUCGUCCUCCAAAAGCCACGUCGAGGAAGUGCCCAAGAACCACCCCGUGCGCCUCAUGGUUAGGUCCACCGCCGCUCCUCGCGUCCUCGGCUCCUCCUCCUCCUCCGUCGCUGCCAACAGGCUCAGUCGCUCCCCCGCCCCCCAGAUGCUAAGCAAGAGGAAGGAGUUCGAGCAGGACCUUGACAACGGCGACACCAGCGACUACUUGAGGUUGCCAUACUAAACUCAAAAACAAAAAACAAAAACACUCGCCUUUCUCUUUACUUGAAUCAAAAUCUCGUUUCUAACUCGCUAACUCUCACUCUCUCUCUCUCUCUCUCUCUCUCUCUCUCUCUCUCUCUCUCUCUCUCUCUCUCUCUCUCUCUCUCUCUCUCUCUCUCUCUCUCUCUCUCUCUCGCUCUCUCUCUCUCCCUCUCCUUCCCCCUCUCCUCUCCCUCUAUCCCGACACACUGCCGACAAUAUCUUUCCGCAUAAUAUACUAAGAUGUCCGCCACGAAGUUCUCGAGAAGUGAUUGACAAGAAAAAAAUCUCUUGCUGAUUUAAACAGGCUUAUUCCGAUACAGUCACAAAUAUUAUACUGUUGAACGUACUCUACAAUGUAAUACAUAAUUAGCCAUUAUAUAGUUAAUAUAUACAGCGUAUAUAUAUAUAUAUAUAUAUAUAUAUAUAUAUAUAUAUAUAUAUAUAUAUAUAUAUAUAUAUAUAUAUAUGUCUAUGUAUAUGUAUAUGUAAAGCAUAUACACCAAGUAUUUAUAGAAAUAAAGCAUCUUAUUUAGGCUUCCCAUACUAACAUUAGAGAAGAAAAUUAUAUAUACACAUAUAUCAUGUACGGAACUGUAUCUGCAUAUCCUGUACUCAAGUCACUCUUGCAAGAACAGGACGUCUGGUGCAUUUAAUAUCUUCAUGAAUAAAACUGACAUAUUUGAA